AUGGAACCAGAGUUCGAAAAGCCAGAAAUGUUGUUUCCGGAAGCAUCAAUAUUUAUUCUAAUAACACCAGCACCAGACGCGGCUCGUCAGACUACGCAGUGGGAGGACAACGUGAGGAUGAUCAAGGACUUCGCCAAUGAAAAUGGCAUAGACAUGACUGCACAGGUUUUCUUGAUUGCUUUGCAGCGCUUGAACAAUACUCUCUCGUUGUAUAAUUUACGUGUGGACACGAUCGAUGAAAUACUCGCACUGGUGGAAACUUCUGCCGAAGUCAGUGACUUUAUUGCUGGCCUGUCACCCGCUCAAUAG